GUUUUCCGGAAAGUUGUAAACAUUGCGAGAAAUAAAAAUAAAAUCAAGAAAAAAGAUGUCAUCAGACGAAGAAAGUUUUAGUGAAGUUAAUCCAUUAGCUCACAAGAAGCUUCUGUCAGAAAUUAAUGAUAUUGUAAAGUUUCAACAUAUAAAGAAGCCAGUGAGAAAUGAGCCAAGUGUAAAGAAUUCGGAAUUUCAUCUUGUAAAAUCAAAAUCUUUAACCGAGGAUAAUGAAGAAGAAUCAAAGAAAACAAGUAAGAAAAGUGUUUCAAUUUCUUCAAUCGCUCAAACUGUACAGAAAAAUACAAAACAAAAAGAAGUAGCUAAACAAUUAAAGAAUGCAUUUAAGCAUAAAAAUGUUCUCGUAAAACCACUUGAGAAAGUUCACGCUGAUCGUAUUCAAAGGACAAUUGCUUAUGAUAACACUAAAGCAAAAUUGGCAAGAUGGGAUGCUGUAGUCACCAAAAAUCAACAUGCUGAUCAAUUGGUUUUUCCGCUAGACUUUGAAAAAUCAAAAUUUAAAAGCAAAACAGAUCAUGAUGUGACACAAUUUCGAUUUAAAACACAAAUAAUGAAAGAUAUUGAAGAAAUUCACAAUGAAUGCUUUCCAAAACCUUCAGAACCGGAAUAUGAUGAUACACAAACUGAAAUGUUGACACUCGAAGAAAUGCAACAGCGGCGUAAAGAAUUAAAUCGUUUGAAAUUGAAAGAAUCACAAAAAAUCGCUAAAAAACGAAUGCAAGGCAAGAUUAAAAGCAAGAAAUAUCACAAACUUAAAAAAAGAGAAGAACUUAAAAAGAAAAUGAAAGAAUUUGAAGAAUUGAAAGCAGCAAAUCCUGAAGCAGCUCUUAAGGAGUUGGAAAAGAUUGAAAAGCAACGCGUUCAAGAACGAACCACGUUAAGACAUAAAAAUACUGGAACUUGGGCUAAGAAUCUAAAAGUUCGUGCAAAAUAUGAUGAAAAUGUCAAACAAGAUUUAGAAGUCCAACUUGCUUUAGGACGUGAACUUACACAAAAGCAACAAAAUAUUGAAUCAAGUGAUUCAGAAGAUGAAGAAAUGGUAACAAUUACCAAUGAGAAUGAAAAUCCUUGGUUAGGUGGUGAGAAGUCGUCUGCUGACCCUCUUGAUGAGAUCUUCAGUGGAUACAAAAAGUUCUGGGAUGAAUAUAAUUCAAAUGUAAAGCAAGUGAAAAAGAUUAAAGAAAGUUACAAAGAGAAAGACGAAAAAGUUGAAUCUGACGAUGAAGAGAAGGAAGUUUCUGAGAAAGAAGACGAAGACGUGGAAUCAGAAGCCUCUGAAACAGAAGAUGAAGACAAGGAAACAGAAGACGAGGAAAAUUCAAGUGAAGAAGAUCCAUCGAGCUUCAUUAACGAUCUCUUUGAUGAAGCUGAAGAAAAAGUCACAAAAAAUAUGGACGAGAAAUUGAAAAAUCUGAAACCAAAACUUCUCGAAAAUGAAAAGAAGGGAAAAAAGAUGAAAAAGAAACGAAAAGUGAAUGCAAAAGAUUCAAGUUACUUGCAGUUUGAGAAGAAAGCGAGGCUUGGUGAUAUUGAUGAAGGUUUAAUUGAAGGCGACAUUGAUAAUGAUGAUAAUAAUGAGAAAGGAACAGCUCGAGCUCGUUCGAAGCAAUUAUUGAAGGAAGUUAAAAAGAUGAAGGAGAAAAAGGCGAAACUUUUUGAAGAAAUAAAUCCAGACAGCUUCUUGAAUGUAAAAUCGAAACAUUUAAUUACAGCACUUCCUAAAUCACAAGAUUUCGAUGACAUUGACGAAGACGAUGACGUCAAAGAACUUACGAAAGCUAACAAAAUGAGUCUCGUUGAAGCAUUUGCGAAUGAUGACAUUGUCAAUGAUUUUGAGCAAGAAGUUGAAGACGAAGAGAAGAAAAGAUUGGGAAAUGAAGAUUUGGGACUUCCUGGAUGGGGAAAUUGGGCUGGUCAUGGAGUGAAAGAGAAGAAGAAAAGAUUCGAGAAGAAACUUCCAGACAUCAAGAAGAAACCACGAAUUAUCAUCAACACAAAUCCCAACGAGAAACUUCAGAAACAUCUCAUCUCGUCAAUUCCAUUUCCAUUUAAAUCAAUUCAAGAUUUUGAAAUGUCAAUGCGUUUGCCUAUCGGUCGUGAUUUCAUUCCUGAAACUGCUCAUCGUAAGCUCACAAUGCCAAGUGUCGUGACGAAGGCUGGAACUGUCAUCGAACCAAUGUCCGAAGAGAUUUUAGUGAAGAAUCAAGAAAUUAAAAACAAAUUCAUUAAAAGAAAUAAGCGGAAGGGCAAAAAAUUGAGAAAAUGAAUUUUAUUCUGUUUUUAAAAAUAAUUAAAUAAAGAUUUUUUUUUAUCUUAGUACUGAUGAUCAGCAGCUAUUAACUUCUUACAUUUUUCAAUAUUUCCAGCUUGCAAUUCCAGAUAAAAAUCGAGCAUUUUCAAACGAUGAAAGAUAAUUGGAUGACGAAUGAUGUUGAACAGUUUAACACGCGCCAAGUCAUAAUCGCCACGCAUGACUAAAGAUGUGAUAAAAUUAUAACCGAAUAUUGCGUGGGCCUUUUCAAGUGUGUUGAUGUUCCAAUCUGGGGAUGAACUCAUCUCAAAAUCAUCACUUUUAAGUUCACUCAUAAUCUUCGGAUCGAGAUAAUUUAUCGCGUCUGUCACUUUCUCAAGAAAGAUGCUCGCUUCAGCUGCAUAAAGUAAGCCAAGCAUUUUAUGAGUGUCUGGAAGAUUUUCCAGUUUUAUCAACUCAUUUGCAUACUGCAAUGCUAAAGUGUAAUCGCCGAGUGUAAGAGCGACGUAACUUGAAGCUGUUAAAAUGUGAAUCUUCAAUUUAUCGAUCGCCGUCUUUGUCAAUGGUUUCGAUGGAUUGCAAAGAAUACUUUCGUUAACUUUAUUCCAAUUAUUGCCAAACAUUGUGAAAGUUUCAUUUUUAAUGUUGCUUGUGCCUUGUUUGUCACUAUCAAAACCAUUUGCUAAUUGCGAGUAGUAAUUAAUAAGUGUCAAAGCAUUUCUUAAACAAAGUGAAGCAAAUUCAAGAUUUGGACUUGGAAUUGCUGACGAUCCUGGCUCGUCAUUCACAUAUUUUUGGGGAGUUGGUGUGAUGAUAAAUUUCCGAUGCAUUCCACUUCCAAUAAUGGAUGAAACGAUAUUUUUAUUUUGCGAUUCUUGUUCUUUUAGAUGUUGUUUGUGAACCAUGAUGCAAGCUUCAGCUAAACGCAACCAUAAUUUCGGAUUUUUAUGGUAAAUAUUGAGAGGAACAAGAAGACAAUCGAAAGCAUCUUUAGGACGUUGUAAAUACAACAAAGCAAUUCCAAGAUUAUAAAGAAUAUCUUGUCGCUUUGUUGCUCCAAUGCAAUGCAUUGGAAGUUGAUUCCCAUGCUCUUUCUUAACAGAUUCGAUUGCCUUCUGAUCGAAGAUUAAUGCUUGUUGAAAGAAUCUCACUGCUAAUGCAUAAUGUUUCACACUGAAAUGUAUCAAUCCCAUAUUGUUUGCAAUACAAACAUUUUGAUCUUCGCCAUUUUUUGGAACUGUUAUCAACUCAUUUUUAAAUUGCUUUGCAAGUUCUCGUGAUGCCAUUUGAAAAUCAUUGCCAA